AUGCUCAGUCCUUCAGGCAGUCCAAGGGUAUUGGUAUUAGGUUUCGGUGCCUUGGGUGCUCUUUACAGUUUCUUAUUAUCAAGAGGUGGUGCGCGAGUGUAUGCGGUUGCACGUAGUAAUGCCGAAACGGUGAAGAACGAAGGAAUAAAUAUUCAUUCACAAAAGCUUGGUAAACAUUCUUCUUAUAGACCUUUGGAUGUGUUUGCAUCUGCAGAAGAAGCAAGAACAAAAGUGGAAAAUUAUGAUUAUGUUUUGUGUACGGUUAAAAUUUGUCCUGAACAACGUGCGACGGGGAAAUGGAUUAAAGAAUUCUUACCAAGUGGAAAAGGUAAAUUACGACCGGAAUUACCUACUGUUGUUUUUGUGGAAAAUGGAAUCGGAAUCGAAGAAGAACCUUAUCAAACUUUAUGUCAAGGUGAUGAACCGGUUGCUUCUACCAUUAUUAGCUGUUGUGCAUGGUUAGGUGCUACUUUGGUCGAUAAAGGAAAAACGGUCGAUCAUGGAGCAUUAGAGCGUUUGGAGAUGGGCCUUUACCCAUACAGAGAAGCAGGAGAGGAUGAAGAAUCUCCACAAUCAUGGCGUGUGACGAAAUUGCACGCAUUUGCAGAAACAUUCAAAGCCGGCGGUGGUGGCUCGGUGGUCAUUGUGGGCGAUGUUCAAGUGAAGAGAUGGGUAAAAUUAUUGUGGAACGCAGCUUGGGGUGGUCUUACCACACUGGCACGCCAAACGGUAUCUGAGAUGUUACAAGAGGAUAAUCUCGAUAUUUCUGCAGAUCUGGUCCGAAAGAUCAUGAUGGAAGUCGUAUCAGUUGCCCGUGCAUGUGGAUAUGGAGAAGAUCAAUUACCGUCUAGCAGCGUUGAUGAAGUGUUUGACUUGACUUAUUCGCAAGCACCGCGAUUCUUGAAAGAUGGCAAAAAACCAAACCUCAAAGAAGAUUUCAAACCUUCUCUUUUGGUCGAUUUGGAGGCACAAAGACCGAUGGAAUUGUCUCCAAUCAUCGGAAAUGUCAUCCUUAAAGCAAGACAACACAACGUCAACGUUCCACGAUUGGAAGUCAUCUAUGCCGCUUUACGUCCAUCGCAGAUGCAAUUCGUACAUCAAGCAGCAGCAAGGGCCUAG